AUGCAGCAACCACUGAACGAUAUCAGCAACCGGGAGGCUGCAACCAGGGGGUCGGACGUGUUCAAGAGGCUGGCGGGGUCGCCGAUGCGGAGGGAUGGGGCAGCGAUGGACAAGCCUGCCAUGCGGCUCUCCCCCGGCAAGCACGCGUACCAGACGUCGCCCAAGCGGCUGCUGGCACCCGAGCACCUGCGGAGUCUGACACAGAGCGUGGACCGGCACUUUUUCAACACAGCGCGGGCGACGGGGAGGCCCGGGAGCCGCGACGCGGCGUUCACGGCGUCGCCCACGAAGGGCGAUGGCGGCUUCAGCAACAUGACGGUGGCGGGCGGCGACGGGUCGUUGAGCCGGAUCCGCAACCGCUUCUCGCCGGUGAAGGAGCGCAAGCCGAUCCUGGCGUCCGAACAGGAGGACGGGGCGGCGACGCGGCAGAAUCUCCUUGCCAAGUUGCAGCGCGAGGAGGACGUGACGCAGGUGACGCGGCGGAACACGCGGCAAAACUCCGAGGCAUCGAGGUACAAGGUGGGCAAGAGCCAGAUCGUGACCCGCAGCAGGAACGUCAAGUUCGAGCUUCCAGAAGAUAGGAUGAUCGCGAUUGAGUUACAGAACCUUAAGCAGCUUAUACACACGCUAAUUGAGAGGCAGGACCAGCUUGAAGACAGGCUCACGCGGCUGGAGGAGCAGCCGUAG